GUUCUCAGUGUGAAACAGAAAUUGUGUGUAAAGUAUGGCAUUAGUUACCAAACUGCAGUGGAAGGAUAAGAUGACUUUUUUUUCUAUUGUACUUGAAAAAGUGAAGACAUUAGUGAGGAAGGAGUUAAUCGUUGCAAAAUACACGGUCAUUUCCUGAGCCCUGUGGUUGGAUGAAUGCAAACUUUCAACUAUUUCUAAUUCUUCUCUGUCAUUUAAGAGGCUUUCAAGGUGCACUGUACAUCCCAGAUCAGGGUGAAUUUGGUUUCAUCCCUGAUGCAUCUGCCCGGGCAGACAAAUUGGCUCUCUCUGAUGACUCUUUUACGCCCAGAGGAAAUCUGAUCUGCUACAGCACGGAAACUUCAGCGGUGACCAUGGCUAGACAAAUUCCUUAGGGAGCUGCCUGUUUUGAAGCCAAGAGUUCAUGAUAUGAUCCAGCUGGCUUACAGAGAUCAACAGCCACCUUAUGAAUAAUGGUUGAAAACGGAUCCCACCUGGACAAUGAAACACUUGCAAUGCUCCAGAACAGAGCUAUUUCUGUCACCCUCCCAGUGGUGUAUACACUGGUGGCUAUCAUCAGUAUCCCUGGCAACUUGUUCUCCCUUUGGGUGCUCUGCUUACAUAUCAAACCCAAAACGCCUUCUGUUAUCUUCAUGAUCAACCUGAGCAUCACAGAUCUCAUGCUGGCCUUCUGCUUUCCCUUCCAAAUAUCUUAUCACAUCCAGAGCAAUCACUGGAUCUUUGGCAAGACUCUUUGCAGCCUUGUGACUGUGAUGUUCUACUCCAACAUGUAUUCUUCCAUACUGACCAUGACCUGCAUCAGCAUUGAGCGGUACAUGGGUGUGGUAUAUCCCAUGAAGUUGGUCAAGUGGAGAAGAAAAAGAUAUGCCUUCGGUGCCUGUAUGAUAAUGUGGCUUUUCUUGCUACUAGCUUUCUAUCCACUGGAAAGCACAGAUCUGACUUAUGAAGUGAAAGAACUGGGGAUUAUAACCUGUUUUGACGUUCUCAAGUGGGAUAUGCUGCCCAACUUCGCAGCCUGGGUGGCCUUUCUCCUCACACUAUUUGUUGUGCUCUUCCUGAUCCCUUUCAUUGUAACAGUUGGAUGCUACAUCGGCAUCAUUCGGAAGCUUAUUCAGACAUCAAACAGAUACGGUAACAGGCAGAAGACUAGAUCCAUAUACCUGGCGAUUAUAGUCCUUUCGGUGUUUGUCACUUGCUUCGCCCCCAAUAACUUUAUCCUACUUGCGCAUAUGAUCGUCCGCCUGUUUUACAAGAGGAGUUUGUACCCUGCCUACAAGCUCACCUUGUGCCUCAGUUGCCUCAACAACUGCAUAGAUCCCUUCAUUUACUACUUUGCCUCUAAAGAAUUUUACCAGAAAUUGAUGCAAGUGUUUCGCCCUAAAGUACCGCUCAGUGACAGCUUGGAAACCAGAAGGGAAAGCUUAUUUUCUGGCAGGACCAUGUCAGCCAGGUCGAUGUCAAGUGGACCUAUGGAUGGGUUAGAGGGAGUAACGGUCUAUUUGCAAAGGCAGGAAAGUGUUUUCUAGCCUUAGACUAGAGCCACUAAUGUGGCUUUUCUUUCCCCAGCAGAAAGGCAGCUGUGAGUUCCAUGAGUAGAGGCAGAAAAUAUUUCUUUUUGAAUGUCUGCCCUCAAAGUAACAUGCUCUAGUGACAGAAGUCAAACCAUAUGAAUAUUGUGCAUGCUACUUGAGUAAGUGACUAUUUUCUGACAACAAGUGGAAGCACAAAAGGAACUGAGUUUAUUCAAAAAGCCCCUGAGGCAAAACCAGUGUAGAUAAUUAAGGGUUGGCCUGGAAUUAGUCCAAGGGAUAAGUUUAGAACAAGAAUUACUUUCAAGUUUUAUAAUCUCAGUGUUACCCAAUGCUUGAAAUCAUCAGUGAAUGUGAAAUAUUACUGUAUAUGAGUUAUAGCAUACAUUGAAAUGGGAUUUUGGGAAGGGGAGUUAUUUUUCUAAGCAAUGUGCUGUUUUUUGUUUUUUGUUUUUUUUUUGGGGGGGGGUGGGUUGGUUGUUGAUUUUUUUUUUAAUAUGUUGCUUUACUGUUCAGUUGCAUUUCUAUAAAUGAGUAAACAUAGCUUGCCAUUUUACCAUCAAUGCAUAAUGCAUAGCCACUGUGAAUUCACCGCAACACUCACCCGUUUAUCUGAAACAAACCACACUAACCUUUGUAAAGGUUAGAUUGAGUGAUAUUAUUUAUUUCAGUUUUAUAAUGCAAAAUAUAUCAUGCUAUGAAAGAAAAUUUAGCAUUUCUUUCUAGUUCUAAGCUAGUUUUACCUAGAACUAACAGUGUUUGAGACCACUUCAGCUGCUGUGUGGGUUAUAUUUUCAUUUCCUGAAGGUAUUAAUUUAUCAGGAUAGUGGGCAGAAAUUGGUUUAAGAAAGCAGGUUUCCCACAUUGACCUACUACAGUAAUAAUGCUUCUGGUGUUAGAUUGGUAUCAGCAAGUCAUUUUCACCAAAUCACCAUAGACUGUAUGUGGAAGCACCACCCCCUCAGCAGACAACUUAGCUUUACAUAGUGUGAGGAUAUAUGUAUCUUCCUUAUGGUACUGGUGUGGAUUAUUAAUCAGACGUUCUUCAGGAUAUAUGAGAAUUUGACCACAGUGAUUCUGUGCCUGCAGAAGCUGUCUGAAAACCCGCCCUGAUGGUCAGGUAUCAGAAAUGUACUUCUUUCAAACAGGCAAACAGAAAGCAGAAGAAAAUGAAAGCAAGGCUUGAUAGUGGGAGAUGUACCAAGUAUCCUGGAAAGAGGCUGUAAAUAUAAUCAGGCUGAUAGUGCAGUCCUGUGCUUGGGAUUUCUCUUGGAAAUAUCCUUGUUUGCAUAUACUGUGUGAUGUUUUUCUUCUCACAUCUCAGCAACUGCCUGGGUACUUGGAAAGACAACUGCUACAGAAUACAUCCUGGGGACAGAGAAAGACAAAGUUUUUCCUAUUGUAUUUUCAGCUUUUUAUCUACCUUUGGCUCUCAGUACAGUAAAGAACACCCAAACCCACCUGGCAAAGCCAGACAAGCUUCCCCUCACAAGCAAGAUGAAGCUAUUUGUUUCCUUUUGCUAUGUUGCCUCUUCAUCUAAUGGUGAGCUGGAGGCUUUCUUUUUGUGGAUAGUUGGUUCAGACACCACAUUUCACCUCCCUUGAGCAGUGGCUGCCAGCUGUACUGAUUUCUGAGCUCCUGCAGCUAGGUAAAAGACAUCACCCAUGGCUCCUGCUACCUAUUUGCCUUUUUUUUUUCUUUUUUUUUUUUUUUUUUUUUUUCUUCUUUUAUGACAUGAUUUAAACCCAUUUUUCCACCACUAUUUCACCAUGAAUUUCAUCGCUGUAGAAGUUGGAUACCCACAAAAUCAAUUGUGAGAUAUCUGUACAACCUACCCUCUGCUAAAGUAUCAUCAGUUAUUGGUGCAGGUUAAAAGUGCGUGGGCCUAGUGCUACCUUUCAAAAGCCAUCUGAGGUGUUUUGUGUGUUUCAUAGCAUUAGCUUUAAGUGAUCUGCACAUUUUCGGCCCAUCAGGUCAGCUUUAGCCACAAGUAGCCCAUCAAAACUUUCCCAUCAAGCCUCAUGGAGGCUAUGCUGCAUUACUGCCUGUGUGCCAGGUGCAAAGAAAUGGGCUUGGAGCUACAAAUCAUCUCACAGAUUCUGGAAGAGAGAAGCCUGUGCAAGUCAGGGGCUCCAAGCUCCCAUGUCAGCUCUAGACCAUCCUCAAAUAUCUGCUCGCACCAGGAUCUGAGCUUCUGGCAGGAAAUGUCAGCUGACAGCUUGGGUAGGAAGAGCAUGAGUGUGGAGGUGAAGGUGAGAUAAGAAAUUACCGCUUCCUUGAUAGACAAGAUCCAGGACAGAGGAGGACGUAAAAAGAAAAAGGAUAACUUUAUGUGUUUAAAGCAAAAACCAACCAACCAACCAACCAACCAACCAAAACAAACAAACAAAAAAAUACUGCUUGCUUGCUUGGGACUUCAGUGUCCAACUCCAGGGCAUUCAGUGCCAUUUUCUUUGAACAUGCCCUACACAGUUGCCUGUUCUACCCCUCCAAAGAAAGAAAUAAUAUUAAUAAAAAGACAUACAAAAUAUACCACAGUACAUUACAUAAAGCAUUACAUAAAUUUCAGUAGUUUGGAUAUGUGCCUCUGUUUACUUACACUGUCUGAAAAAAAUCACAGGCUGGCAUUUUCCUGAGUUGUCCCAUAUCCAUCAAGUGGAAAUUCAGUUAGUUGAUUAGUUUAACGGUUAGGUUUUUUUAUUAACAGUUUUUUUGUUGUUGUUUUUGUUUUUAGUUUAACAGUUAGUUUUGCAAACCUGUGCAUUAAUUAAGCAGUGCAUUGCUUUGCCUGGCUGUUCAAAUCCCCAUUCCAUCUACUUUUACAGAACUCCUUCUAACUACCAAAACUGUUUGUAGCAUUUUAUGGUGUCAGAAACCGUUUUGGAGGUUAUACUAAAAUCCCCUUCUCUCACUCUCGUUUUUUUUUUGUUGUUGUUGUUUUUUGUUGUUGUUGUUGUUUUUUGUUUUGUUUUGUUUUGUUUUGUUUUUCCUUCUGCAAAUAUUCUUCUUUGUUACUUCCCUGAGCUUUAAUGCAAAUUUUCAUUCUGUUUUAUUUUGAACCUAAUCUUCAAGCACUCUGUGCAUCCUGAAAUGUGCUGAAACAUGCCUCAACUGAAACUGACAUUAAACAGAGCUGAAAAAGCAGAGAUUUUGCACUUUGGACAUCAGCAACUAUAUUUUGAAAAAUACUGAAUUGCUCCUUUUGCAACAGAGAAAAGAUGCUCACAACUGACUGAAAAUUUUAUCUCCAGCCUCACACAGCUCUCCAUAGCACUUCAUUCCUUUUUCAAUGGUGCCUAAAAAGGAAUAGAAGGGAUGUCCUAUUCUUUGCACCGUUUUAUAAGCUAGUCUCAAAUUAGCUCAGAUGAGGCAAAAUUCCAAUUCGUGGAUUGUCCCUUGAGAAAGGAAUAUAAUCUUUGAGUGCUUCUUACAGAUAUGUUUUGAGUCUGAUGGUGUAUACUGUGAAGUUUUGGAAGGGUGUUUUAAGAGAGGAGGCGAAUAAAUUCUUUUUAAAAGUAGCCCAAUUAACUGUUCUUCAACACUUGAAACAUGUCCUCAUGGGACACCAUGAGGUCACAAGACUGCUACCCUCCUUGUUCAGUGGAUGUGAGCUUAAAUGCAUUUAUAUAUAUAUAUAUGUAUAUAUAAACAUACACAUAAAUGGAGGCUGCCGUUUGAGAGGUUAUCAAAAAGUGAUUGUCUACACUGCCUUGGGAAUUUCCCAAACUUGGGAGUUUGGGAAAUGUGGGUUCUGUAUGACAUGCUUACUUGAUUGCCUCUGUGGUAGCAAUUUUACUGAGAAGAAGACACGAAUGUACAGGCUUCUGUUCUGUUUUUGUUGGUGGUGGUGGCGGCGGUGGUUGUUUUUUUAUACAUAUAUAUUUUAUUUGUGUAACAAUUUAACCUAUGAGUUUCCUUUGACUUUUGUACAUAAAAAUAAAGAAACCAUAAAAAGGAAAGGAUUUAAGAUUUGUUUGCACCUGUCAUGUGUGAGCUACUUCCCAACUUAAAACAGGACAGGGAGAUCAAGUUAUAAAAUAAAAUUAAUCAGUUUUCCAUU